UUCAAAUGGAGACUGGAGACUUGACAUUGCAGCCUAAAGCUGAUGAAGGAAUGGAGUCCAACCAUCCUCAAUCACCUAAAAGCACUGUCGUGAACAUGAAAAAUGCUGCUCAGACUCAACCCCAUUCACAUUCUCGGCCUGUACCAGACCACAUCCUCUGGUCCCUCUUUAAUGCCUUCUACCUGAAUGCCUGCUGCCUUGGAUUCCUCGCACUUGCAUUCUCAAUCAAGGCACGGGAUUCAAAAGUUGCCAACAACAUGCGAAGAGCAAGAAGAUUUGCUUCUACUGCCAGGGGGCUGAAUGUUGCUGCCACCCUGUUUUCUCUGAUUCUGAUAGCAGCUGGUAUAGCCUAUUAUUUGUAUGUGACUGUGGCACAUCUUACUCCUUGACCGGAGAUGACUUCCAACUCCAGAAGGAACAACAUUUCAAAACAGAAGACACAGAUUCUGCUGUAGAACAGACUAUCUGUGACUGAAUUUGCAAACUGCACCAUACAAGUGCACGAUGAAAAUAUUUUUAUAUAAUGGUUUUGCAUUCUGUCUGCAAUUCAACUAUUCUGGACAUUGUGGAUAUUCUGAACAUUGUGGACACUUUACAAAAUAUUGUCAACAUAUUAA